AUGCGAUUCACACAAAAUAGCCUUUCAUUUUACUUCUCUUCGCUAUUAUUAACAAACGAUGUGUCGAAUGUUGCUCAACUCUAUUCAAUAGCAACAAAUGUAAAUCGAUAUGGAUCAUUAAUUAUAUUUCUAUUUGGAUCUGUCGGUGCCAUAUUAAAUGUGAUUAUAUUUUGUAUCGAUCGAGAAUUAAAGCAAAAUCCAUGUUCUCGUCUCUUUUUAAGUUCAUCGAUUGCCGCUUGUAUUGCAUUAUUUUUGGGUUUACCAACUAGAUUUUUCAGUUCAUUUGGUUUGGAUUUAACGGCACGAUAUGAUAUUCCAUGUAAAUUUUAUAUGAUUACUCUUCUUGGUUCAUUGAGUUCUUCAGCGUUAUUCAUUGCUCUUGUAUCAAUUGAACGUUGGCUAAAUAGUUGUAUCGAAGCAAAUUAUCGAAUAAUUUCAUCAAUGAAGAACGUCAAUAGAGCUAUUAUUACAAUAGUAACUAUUCUAAUUUUGUGCUAUGGUCAAAUGCUUUAUUGUCAUGCAGCCAAUCAAAAAAGUUCACGAGGUGCAUGUGCUGGAAUCAAUAUCGUAUGUCUCUAUUUAAAUGAUUUUAUCCAUCUUAUUCUAUUCGUCAUUAUACCAGUUAGUAUUAUGAUAAUAUAUGGCUUGUUAACUCUUCGAAAUAUUAAACAAACUCAUCAUCGAAUUGCCAAUAUUAACAGAAAUCAAAUCAAUAAUAAUGUACGAGGAGGAGGAGGAGGAGGAGGAGGAGGACCACAAAGACAACAAUCAACAUUAACUGCUUUAAUGUUAAUACAAGUUUGUUUAAUUACUAUAUGUAAUUUACCUGUUGGUAUACAUAAAAUCUAUUCGACAAUCACUGAGAAUACCUAUAAGAGUCCGAAACAACGAGGCAUUGAAACUAUCAUCUUUCAAUUGGUCUAUCUUCUCACUUUUGUCGGCAUUGCGGUAAGAUUUCCUUUAUUCAAUUUUGUCACGUCAAAAAAAAGAAUAAUCUACAGUAUACUUAUUUGAGGGUUAUAGGAAGGGUGUGGGUGUGAGUGUGGGUGUGGGUUAUGAUCUUUUUACUCACACCUACACCCACACCCAUACCCACACACCCACACCCAACUUCAUCCAGUAAGAAAUCUGUUUUUCGUAUGACAUCACGGUUUCUGAGCACCUUCAGCAGAGAUAUGUGCCGAUAUGUGUGUGAUAAAGAUUUUCAUGACAUUCUCACCGUCAGGGAAAGAUGUGUGUAUUUGUGUGCACGGAUUGAGGUUCUUUAAAAACCUAGUUCGUCGGGACAAACGAGGUGGAGGAAGCGGAAGUCGUGGGAUGGAGCCGGUAGGAUAUGACAAAUCCUUGCCUUACACAUCUCUAGUGCUUAUAAAAAUUCGAUAUUUCCGCUAGAACAAGCCAUGGACAGCUGUCAUUUUAGGAUCAUUAAUUAGUCGUCUAGACCUAUCUAAUACACAUGCUCCCACAUCGAACUCGAUGUUACACCUGGAAAGAUUCCUUCGUCAGGUUAGAAUAGUGGAUAGCAUCUUUAAUAAACAAUAUCAAUAUCAUUUUUUUCAUCAACCUACGUAGUACUGAUAUAUAGAAAUCACAUCUCAUAGUAGGUCCUUAUUAUGCUACAAAAAUGGAUGUACGAAGUUUAACACAAGCUGUUACUAAGAAAUGGGCUCCAAAUAAUAUUACAGCUAAUGCUUAUUGCUCAGAUAUGUUUAAAAGUUUUUAUUUUAUUGUAAAUCUAUGAAAUUUUAUCAGGAUUCAUUAACACAUCGUUGUUUGACAAAAGUAUUAUAAAGAAGUGGCAGCGUCUCAAAGAAAGCCAAAGGAAGAUGUUUUGAACAAGUCUCUUGAAAUUCUGUUACUUGAUCCCAUAGGAUAUCUAGAUGAUGUCGCAAACUUGUUUUCAUUUCUUUCAAGCAAAAAUUCUGACUGUAUUAUCCAAUAAAGUACUCUACUCAUUGGUGGAAUUGGUUCUUCUUAAACUUUAAUUUAUAUCUUUUGCAAAUAUCGUCCAUUGUUUCUGCAUAAUAACAUUCUUUCGCAUAUGUUAUAUAUGAUAAAAAAAAAAAAACAGAUAAACUUCAAGCAAAUUUGAUUAUCGAGUUAAUGUUUUUAAAUUUAUUUUGAUUAUCAUCACCGGACAUAAUCUACAAUUAAAAAUAAACAAUAAAAGCAAAACUAACUAGAACUGAUCUAAGAACUAUAUUUUUUUUAUAUAAUGUG